CCUGAGACACACAGACACAUUCCUCUAUGACACCAGGCAAGCACAGACGUUCUUCUGGAGCAGAGAACAUCUCUCAUGGCCUUGUCAGAGCUCUUGUCGCUCACUCUCCUCUGUAUGCUGGUGGAAGCAAGAAGGGACAAGGCCAGAGAGGCCAGACCACAGCAGAGCUUCACCUGCUCCUAGAGCACCUGCAACUGGGCGACACAGGGAGGUACACAGCAACCAUCUACGACAACGAGGGCCUUCUCUUGAAAAACACCACCAUUCUUUUACAUGUCCUAUCUCCUGUGUCUAAACCCAGAGUCACACACAACUGUAGCAGCGAAUCAGCCAGGCUCCUGUGCGAUGUAGGCAAUGAUGUCAAGGUGAACGUGUCCUGGAGGCUGAAUGGACAGGAAACAGGAGAGGCAGGACUGACUCUGUCUGUCCCCAGGUCUGACAAGAAGAUCAGACCUGGGGACAAAUAUGCAUGUCUGGUGAAAAACAGAGUGAGUGAAGAGAAAAGUGAACAUGUCCACCUUGAAUGCACAGAUGAGUACACAGAGGCCUCUUCUCCAGUGUUGCUGUUUGGUCUGGAGCGCUGGAUCUCAGUAUCCAUUCUGGCAGGUUUGACCAGCCUGAUCUUCAUCAUUAUCAUCAUCAUCUGUGUGUGUGUGUUCAUGAGCUGGCAGCGCAAGAAUCCUGUUGACGCCCCUAAUAGUUAUACCUCUGUAGAAGAGGAGGUGAUACGACGUGCCACCCUGACCAAACCACAUUGCCAAGCAACCCUCCACCAACGCUGCCCUCCACCCGGAGCCCAGGGUGGAGCACGACCCCAAAACAGAGCUCCAACCCUACCCACAAGUAACUCCCAGCGCCAGGCUCGACCCAAACCUCCAGAGCAACUACCCAUUUUGGUUCAACCACAACUGACGGUCAGACGGACAGCACCUCGAACGAAUAGGAGCUAAAUCUGUGCAUUCAUAUGUAUGGCUGUGUGUAUGUGUAGUCCUUAAAGCUUUGCGAAACAAGUUUCGUACAUUUUCAAGAGAACAUUCUGCUUGCAUAUCUGAGUAUUUCUUGUGUGGUGUGGUGUUGUGGUUAGAGGAAACUCUGUCUUCCUGUUUCAACAGUUAGAACACUGAACUAGGUUAGCAGUUCCACCUGCUUUUCUGAAACAGACCACAUCCUGGUCUCGUGUUCCAAUCAGUGUGGGCCUCAGCACCACUAUGCACUCUCAUUUAUCUGCGGUGUCUGUGCUUGAGUGGAAGGAGAGGUGAACCGAGAAAUGGCAAACAGAGGCACUUCAGUUUGGUUUCAACAUGUAAUGAGGCUCACAUCUUCUAGAAAAGGGCCAGAGUGUGGUUUUGUUGGUGUCAAUAUGAAACUAGCACUUCUGAAAGAAUUAAAAUUAUUUGGUUUAGCAGUGUGAUCUACCCAGUAUGGAUCCAGUGUCUAAUCACAGAAUGCAUAUACUGCUUCUCCAUAUACUAUUGCACAAUUACAAUUUGUCCAGAAAUGUACUUGAAAAUGAAGGAAAAUUACUUUACUUGCUUUCAAACCCUAGUUUUAAAUCUUGAUUAACUUUGAAUAUUGUUUAAACUUUUAUGCUUAAUUGAUUUUAGCUAUGAUUUUAUUAUUAUUAUGAUCGUCUAAAAUGUUCGUAUUUUAAGCCAAACUGUGUUUCCCCCUUAUGAAUAAAUAUAAAAGACAUGGUGAACAUACCCUUCAGAACAUCCACGCUACCUUAAAAAUAUUCACCGCUUGCAACCUUCCAGACUACAGUCAUAAUAAAUGUAAUUUACUUUUUCCAAUUUUACUAGCACUCAGGGACCCUGCCAAAUGUAAUUUUUUGUUCAUAAGCCAAAUUCAAUUUUAUUUCCAUCAGACCAGAGGAUGUCACAUAAUAAGGCAUCU